UGGCCGCAGUUAGCUGCACCUCUCUCCCUUUCCCUGGCCUCUGAGCCAAAGAGGGGAGAAACCUCUGGAACCAAGAGGGGGUCGUCGGGGAGACCAGAAUGGUGGCCAUGGUGACCAGGGAAGUGCAUUCUGAGUAGAGGGGACAUUUCUACAGGGGAUUGUGGGAGAGUGGGACACAGGUGUGAGCUGUCAGGGGAGUCUCUGAAUUUGGCAUUGAGAUGAAUAAGAUCCGAGAGCCCAGAACGCACACGCGUGGGAGAACAGGUAAGGUGGCCCAGGUGAAACUCACUCCUCCAGCGUCCACCACACACAAGGGACAGCAAUGCAAUGGUGGUUGGGUUGGUCACCAGUUUGGGGUGGGAUUAGAAGUUGUCAGGUGGACUGUGGCAGUGACAGUGGCAGCAGCUUCCUGCCUCUGAACCUUAGGAACAAUGAUGUACCUUGGCUGUGACAGCCUGAGCCACUGGGCCAGCCUCCCACUCACGCUGUAGGCCCCGCCACGAUUUCUGUCCCUUCGCCCACGCUGCCAGAAACAGGGAGCAACGAACAAGCCGUGGACCCUCCUGUGGAGGCUGCAGGCUGUGCACUCCCUCCUGAGAUGCCCCUGUGCCCACACUGACCUCCGCUCAGGUGCCUUGGGCUGCUUAUCCGAGUGUCUAGAAAAGGACACCAGUUUGAGGUGCACGAUGUGCUGUCCAAGUGGGGGUGGGGGAUUUCCACUAGCAGGCAGGCUGGCCCUGCUGUGGGGGAGCAGGAGCAGGGUCUGCUAAUGCUGUAUGUUUAUUGGGUCUCAGAGGCCAGGGACAUGGUGCAGGUGGGCAGAAACCAGGCCCCUCUGAUCCCCACUCCCAGCAGUGAUGCCCCUGACAGGGACAGCGGGCAGGAAGCGACGGCUGAGUGGAAGUGUGCACUCUGGCUCCUUCGUGGGGCAGUGCCGGGAGGGGGGGUGUCACUUAAGACAGUCUUUUUGUGUGCUUUUAAUAUAUAAAAAAUAGGCUCUACCAGGUUGUUUGGAGGACUGAGGAUUCUAAUAUGCAUGCAGUGUGUGUCUGUACCUAUCUACAUCUACCACAAAAGCCAGACUACGUGGUCUCGUUAUUCAGGGCGUCUUCCUCAUUAUUUAUGGCAGGAUUGCUCUCAUUAUCUGCAGUAGUUGUGCUGGGUACCUGGGAGUGUGGCAUCAGUAAAUACAAUGAUUUGCUUCUGGAAAAUGUAUAGACAAUGCUGGGCACAGUGGCGCACGCCUGUAAUCCCAGCAGUUUGGGAGGCUGAGGUAGGAGGAUUGUGAGUUCAAAGCCAGCCUCAGCAAUUUAGUCAGGUGCUAAGCAACUCAGUGAGACCCUGUCUCUAAAUAAAAUACAAAAUAGGACUGGGCAUGUGGCUCAGUGGUUGAAUGACCCUGAGUUCAGUCCCUGGUACAAAAAAAAAAAAAGUAUAGACAGACAGUUCCUGGUUUGACUUGUGAGUUUUCAACUUUACGAUGAUGCCGAAGCCGUGUGCACUGGGUAAAAACUGUACUUGAACUCCCGAGUUUUGCUCUUUUCCUGGGCCAGGAGGGGGUGGGGAGAUCCUCUCCCACCACCCUGGGCAGCCACCACCCUGUGAGGGGCUGCCAGGCUGUGGGACUCAGUGAGUCAGGGGUGUUGAAGGCAUUUCUGACUUACGAUGUUGGGAUGGGUGCUCACUGUAAAUUGAGGAGCAUUUGUGUAUAUAUUAGAGGAAAUAUUUAUUUUAUUAUUAUUUACUUUAUUUAUACAUAUUUUAUUAAUGAAGUGAUGGAUCUUUUUUCACAGAUUUUCUAUAUUUUAAAAAAUUUAACAAGACCUAUGACUAGGUUAGGAUGAUCCCAGACAGGGCUCUGGACUGGACAAAACAACUGUAAGGAUUUGGAGAGAAAUUGGGGGACAUUUGGAUAGAGAGUGGGGAUCACAUAAGAAGAAAGCACUCUUGUCAUAGGAAGAGGAGACAGCUAGGCAUGGACAUGCCUGUCUCCCAGCUAUGGGGAGGCGGAGGCAGAAGGAUGGAAAGUUCAAGGCCAGCAUUGGCCACUACCCAGACCCUGCCUCAAAAUAAAAUAAAAAGGGCUGAGGGUGUAGCUCAGUCGUUGAGUGCUUGCCUAACCACCCCGGAAUCAACCCGCAGUAACUCAAACCAACCAACAAACUGCCUAGGAGAUACUCUUUGAAAACCCCUUUCUCUAAGUGCUGAAUAUAUUUGAACUCAUCUGAUCCAAUUUGUGAAAUUACGGCACAGAGAGAGGUGGGAUGACUUGCCCAAACUCACACAGUUUAUAUAUAAAUGGUGAAGCCAGGAUUUGAACCCAAUCUGUCCAAUUAUUGGACCUGUGGGUCCAACUACUGGGCCCUGUUGGUUUUGAUCAGCUGCAGGUGGAAGAAGUUAAUCUCCAAGAAGCCCAGGAAGGCUUCUUGAGUCCCAACAUUUAGGAGCAAGGAAGGGAAGAACAGAUUCAGAGUAGGGGAAGGAGAGGGAGGAGAGGAGAGGAGAGGGCGACUCCCUCAGGCAAUGACUCUGCCCAUGCCUUGGUUUCCUAUCUGUGUGAUGGGUGGUGGUAACGGUGGAGAGUACACGGGUUAAUCCAGCGUGGGCCGGCGAGGCACCGGGAGCUGCUGCGGGGGCGUGCCGGGGCCUGCGCCGGGGCCUGCUCCAGGGGCUGCGGCACAGGGUAAUGAGCAGGCGAGGCCCCGGCGCAGUCGGCGGCGGCUGAGCUCAGCGUCUGGGCUGCGUGGAGAUGGCCGGACUGGGGUUGCAGGGCCAUGCUGCUGGACUGCCCCUCCUGCUGCUGCUGCUGCUGCACCAGGCCCUGCCAGAAGGACCCCUGGCGUUCGUGGCUCUGGUGUUCCGCCAUGGCGACCGGGCUCCGCUGGCCUCCUAUCCCACAGACCCACACAAGGAAGCCGUUUCUGCCCUGUGGCCUCGAGGCCUGGGCCAGCUGACCAGGGAGGGAGUCCGCCAGCAGCUGGAGCUGGGCCACUUCCUGCGGAGGCGCUACAAGUCCUUUCUGAGUCCCCAGUACCGGCGGGAGGAGGUGUACAUCCGGAGCACAGACUUCGACCGGACCCUGGAGAGCGCUCAGGCCAACCUGGCUGGGCUGUUCCCCGAGGCAGCCCCGGGGAGCCCUGAGGCGGACUGGAGGCCAAUUCCUGUGCACACGGUGCCUGUUGCUGAGGACAAGUUGCUGAGAUUCCCCAUGCGCAGCUGUCCUCGAUACCAUGAGCUGCUGCGGGAGUCCACAGAGGCCGCCGAGUACCAGGAGGCCCUGGAGGGCUGGACGGACUUUCUGACUCGCCUGAGCAACUUCACGGGGCUGACGCUGGUUGGGGAGCCACUGCACAGGGCAUGGAAGGUUCUGGACACACUCAUAUGCCAGCGAGCUCACGGACUUCCCCUACCUUCCUGGGCCUCCCCUGACGUCUUGAGAACUCUGGCUCAGAUCUCUGCUUUGGAUAUUGGGGCCCAUGUGGGCCCACCCCGGGCAGCAGAGAAGGCCCAGCUGACAGGGGGGAUUUUGCUGGAUGCCAUUCUUUCCAACUUCUCCCGGGUUCAGCGCCUGGGACUGCCCCUCAAGAUGGUCAUGUACUCAGCUCACGACAGCACCUUGCUGGCCCUCCUAGGGGCUCUAGGCCUCUAUGACGGGCACACCCCACCCUAUGCUGCCUGCCUUGGUUUUGAGUUCCGGAAACGUCUCAGGGACCCAGAAGAUGGAGGGAACAUCACCAUCUCCCUCUUCUACCGCAAUGACUCUGCCAGACUACCCUUGUCCCUGAGCCUCCCUGGGUGCCCAGCCCCCUGCCCACUAGGGCACUUCCACCAGCUGACUGCUUCAGCCCGACCGCCAGUGCAUGGGGCCCCCUGCCAUGACUAUGAGACUACCACUCCCCCAGGCGACCGCUCUCUACCCUGGGGUAGUAGUUGGGGGUCCCCCAGACCUGAGAUUCACAACCCCCAAGUUCUUCCUGCAGCCACCACAGUGCCCCUGCUGGCCGGAGCUGUGGCCCUGCUGGCUGUGCUCAGCCUGGGGCUCGGCUUGUUGGCCUGGAGACCUGGCUGCUUGCGGGCCUUAGGGGGGGCCGUGUGAGCUGGGAACUUGGGGUAGCACCUCCCCUCAGCUGACUGGAUCCCAACAUGUGUUCU